GGUAGGCUGAGACACAGAACAGGGAAGGUUGGCUAUGUAAAAGAGUCAUAACCCUGCUGUUCCCCACCUGCUCGGACUGAGAAAACUCCUCCAAAUCUGGUGCCAACUUCUCCUGGUCUCAAAUAUUUGUUUUCCCUACUACACAGCUGCUAGAAGUGGACGUAGAUGCAGGAGCCGGGACUGGCACACAGGCAGGCUCCACGGCAAUAGACCCAGUGACAAGACAGUCUCUCGGCCACCUCUACUGCACCUCGGCUGCUGUGCUGCCAAAGCCUUCCCCACGAGGCUGGACAUGCCCCAGCACGCGAUGGGGGACACACAUUUCCUCUCCCUCCCGAAGCACCUCUUUACUAGCACGUCCUCAGCCACGGACAGCGGGUGUGACACUCCGCCCAGCAGCAGAGCAUCCCCAGCCUCCCUGCGCUCUGCCCACGGCACCCUGGGCUCCUCCAGCCAACCCCUGUUUGAGCCCCAGGCUGAGAAGCGGAGUAGCCAGACAGCCCGUGAGGUGCAGUAUGUGUCCUCGGGGCCACAGAACUCACUGUGCGGCUGGCAAGCCUUCACGCCCAAGUGCUUGCAGGUCUUCAACACCCCCAAGGGCUUCCUCUUCUUCCUGUGUGCGGCCUCCUUCCUUCAGGGCAUGACAGUGAAUGGCUUCAUCAAUACUGUCAUCACCUCCAUCGAACGCCGCUUCGAUCUGCACAGCUACCAGAGCGGGCUCAUCGCCAGCUCCUAUGACAUCGCUGCCUGCCUAUGCCUUACCUUCGUCAGCUACUUUGGGGGCAAUGGGCACAAACCGCGAUGGCUGGGCUGGGGUGUGCUGGUCCUGGGAAUCGGCUCCCUGGUAUUUGCACUGCCCCAUUUCACUGCCGGCCGCUAUGAGGUAGAGAUGGAUGAGGGGCUGGGGACUGGGACGUGCCUGACUAAUCAGAGUCAUGUGGAGUGUAAAGACAGUGCCUCAGGCCUGUCCAACUACCGGCUGAUCUUCAUGCUGGGCCAGCUCCUGCACGGUGUGGGUGCCACGCCGCUCUACACACUGGGCGUCACGUACCUGGAUGAGAACGUCAAGUCAAGUUACUCACCCAUCUAUAUCGCCAUCUUCUACACGGCAGCCAUCCUUGGACCUGCAGCAGGCUACCUGAUUGGAGGAGCCAUGCUAAACGUUUACACAGAAGUGGGCCAACGAUGGCGCCGGCGAGGUUUCUAGCGCUCUGCCCUCUCACUUGCCGCCUCUAGCCCUGGGUUGAUACUAUGGGGUCAAGGGUGCGUGUUCUAUGCAGAGCCUGAGGACGGAGCUGACCACUGACAGCCCACUGUGGGUUGGUGCCUGGUGGAUCGGCUUCCUAGGAACCGGGAUUGCUGCAUUCCUCAUCGCCAUCCCCAUCCUUGGCUAUCCCCGGCAGCUACCAGGCUCCCAGCGCUACGUUGUUAUGAGAGCGGCUGAAACACAGCAGCUGAAAGACCACAGCCGCGGAGCAGUGAGCAAUCCAGCUUUUGGCAAGACUGUCAGAGACCUGCCCCUCUCCAUCUGGCUCCUUCUAAGAAACCCCACGUUCAUCCUGCUCUGCCUGGCAGGGGCCACUGAAGCCACACUCAUUGCCGGCAUGUCCACAUUCGGUCCCAAGUUCUUCGAGGCCCAGUUCAGCUUGAGUGCCUCCGAGGCUGCCACCCUGUUCGGAUACCUGGUGGUGCCAGCAGGCGGUGGUGGUACACUCCUAGGUGGCUUCCUGGUAAACAAGUUCAAGCUCCGUGGCUCUGGGAUCAUCAGGUUCUGUCUAUUCUGCACCUUGACCAGCCUACUAGCCUUCUUUGUCUUCCUCAUGCACUGCCCCAAUGUGCACAUGGCAGGUGUGACCACCGGCUACGUUGGGAGCCUCCUGCCUAAAGGACAGCUGGACCUAAAGGCAGCUUGCAACGCCAUCUACUGUUGCCAGCCGAAGCACUACAGCCCCCUGUGUGGCUCAGAUGGCACCAUGUACUACUCUCCCUGCUACGCAGGCUGCCCUGCUGAUGCCGAGACAGACCUGGGUGGCCAGAAGGUAUACCGAGGCUGUAGCUGUAUCCUUGAGAAGGCUUCCUCUGGCUGGGGCAAUGCUACCGCAGGGAAGUGCGCUUCCACCUGUCAGAGCAAGCCCUUCCUUCUGGUUCUCGUGUUCGUUGUAAUUAUCUUUACAUUCCUCAGCAGCAUUCCAGCGCUAACUGCUACUCUACGGUGUGUCAGUGAUCGGCAAAGAUCCUUUGCCCUGGGGAUCCAGUGGAUCGUCGUAAGAACACUAGGCAGUAUUCCGGGGCCCAUUGCCUUUGGCUGGGUGAUUGACAAGGCCUGCCUGCUGUGGCAAGACCAGUGUGGUCAUCAGGGCUCCUGCUUCGUGUAUGAGAAUGAAGCCAUGAGCCGGUACAUGCUCAUCGCAGGGCUCACUUUCAAGGUGUUGGGCUUCCUCUUCUUCGUCGCCGCCUACUUUCUCUACAAGUCCCCUUCCGUGUCCUCAGAUGGUCUAGAGGCCUCCCUGCCCAGCCAGUCCUCGGCCUCUGACAGUCCCACAGAACAGCUCCAGAGCAACGUGUGACAGCGCUGGCCUCUCCACAUUUCCUGAGGACUCUUCCUGGAAACCCUGACCCACCCCCACAGGGCGGUAACACUGAGGACCUUGCAAAACCUCACACUGUGUUCUGGGGUCUCGCACUGCCCCACACUGUGACUGAGCAGCCUCUGAGGCGUUAAGGAGGAAGUCACGUGUGUCAUAGGGGUCACAUAUGAACCAGACACAUUCCCCAAGCCCUGGAGUCUGAAAGGGGGUCACUACAUUUCAUAGACCAUCACCUGAUCCUGAUUUCCUGUGUCUACUGAGAAGCCCCAUGCAGGGCAGCAGUGCCCUGGGAAUGAUCCUGUGGAGCCAGCUAUUGGGUAAUUUGCUUGAAUCUGCUUACUGCCUGUCCUGGAAGCCCGGUGGCCUCCAUGCGGGGCAGCAGCGACUUGAAUCGUUAUGUCCAGACGUAUAUUUUGCACUGAAUGGUGUUUAUGGAAUCAGUUUUGUACUUGAUCAUGUGACUCAUGUCCAAGCAAACUGCACUGAGGAUUUGAUCCCAUCUGAGGUGCCACGCAGCUUGUGUGGACAGUGUGUUUCUAUGUUUUUGGUUAGAGUGUGUACAUAAUAUAUUUUAAUAUUUAAACCAAU